ACAACUACGGAUACGACAGCUUAUGAAUCGGACUCAUAAGGCCUCACUGUACCAGAUCCACCCAUGGUCAUUUAACAAGAACGAUGUCCAUUUCGCCAAUUCCAGGACACAAUCACAACGAUCAUCAACAAAAGCCCUCCAAAAUGGCAGACCAGAAGAUUAAAGACUUCCCGAAAUCCUUCGGAGCACUCUACUUCCCAGGUUUCGAAGUCCUCGACAUCGCCGCCCCCCUCGAAGCUCUAAACUGUCUCACCCGCUUCCCAGGCUUCGAAGACCUGAACCUCAGCAUCAUCAGCAAAACCCUCGAUCCCAUCUCCGUCGGCGAAAAUUCCUUCAUGAACGCCCAAAAAUACCUCCCAACCCACACGUUUGAGACAGCGCCACAGCUCGACGUCUUACUUAUCCCCGGUGGCGUCGGAGCUGCGCCCACCCCUUUCCCAGACGGAACCGAUCUCUCACACAUGCAAGAAUAUCUCGAAUUCAUCCGAUCCACAUACCACGGUUCUGGCGAGGGGGGAAAGAAGCCUUUGAAAUAUAUCCUCAGUAUCUGUAAUGGCGCUGGUCUCCUCGCCGCCGCAGGGAUUCUCGACGGGAAGAAAGCUACGACGAAUAAGGAACUUUGGAAAUUUGUUACGAAGUUGGGACCCAAGACGCAUUGGGUUUCGCAUGCGAGAUGGGUUUGUGAUGGGAAUGUUUGGACUACGAGUGGGGUGAGUGCUGGGGCGGAUGGGGUUUUGGCUUGGAUGAGUGGGUUGUUGCCUGAGGAGAGUGUGAGGGGAGUUGUGGUGGGUAUGGAGUGGAUUCGUGCGAAGAAUGCGGAGGAUGAUCCUUUUGCGGAGGGGUUGGAGGAUGUGGAGCCUGUAAGGUAGGGUGGGUUGUGUUUUCUCUGUUGAUCGAGUGAAGAUGGCUCGGAAGAAGAGUCUCAAUGGGCAUUUGUGUUUAGGAGUCUUUGGGAUAUCCUGGUAUGGAAGUAUGGUUCUCUUAUUAAGCAUCCCAGAAUCUCUUGCCUACCC